ACAUAUUUGAAAUUUUGUUCCCUAGUGCAAUAUCUCAUCAUGUCUAUCAAAAAUGUUGCUUUUCUUCUUGCAUAUGUCAUAUGCGUUGUGGUCUCGGUAAAUGCUCAACUACCACAGUUUCCGGCUCCAUUUCCUUUCCCAUUUCCAUUUCAACCAAUUCCAGGUGUACCAGGAUUACCUGAUAUAACAAAAUGUUGGUCAGUAGUGAUGGAUAUUCCUGGAUGCAUUACAGAGAUUGCUCAAUCGAUAUUCACUGGAAAGUUCGGUAAUAUAGGUCCUGCUUGUUGCAAAGCAUUUUUGGAUGCAGAAGCCAAUUGCAUGCCGAAAAUUCCAUUUAAUCCGUUUUUUCCUCCUAUGUUAAAAGAACAAUGUUCAAGAAUUGCUGGUGCUGGUGCAGUCCCUCCUACUCCAAAAUAGAGUUUAGACUUUAUAA